AUGAAUACUCUUCUUUUGCCACUCGUAUCGACCGGAAAUGUGCCCCAAUUGAUGACCGAUCUGGUUCUCCACUCCUUGGAUUCCGAGUUCGAAUUCGUUCGCGAGCUCGACAGCUUGUACGUUUAUCCCUUCACAGGACCUAUAGAUUACGUCGAGGAUUCUGAUUCGAGUCUGUACCGGACCAGCCCCGAGAAAACCUUUACUACACCUGUUGAGCUUUUCUUCAACCCCAAACUGAAGCUAUACAUUAUCCAGCAGCGGUCCCCAAUCCUGCAGCCUUAUGAAAACCAGUUCUGUAAGAAUGUUAUAGCGCCACUUAUCGAGGAGUUGAACAUUGGAUCCUUGGUAGUUACGGAUGCUACAGACAACUUUGGAGAGCACAUAGCCGCGGCUUCUACACGGAGAAGCCCAUAUUCCUUCGGCGUGUGUCAGGUUUCACAGAUCGACGACUUGUCGGGCGAGUUUCAGCAAAAGCUGCAGCUCCAUGACACGGGUGCAACCCCUGUGAAUAACACACUUUUCCAGUUUUCAAGCCAAAGUUUUCAAUCUGGCAUCUCCACCGAGCAAUUCAUUUUUAAACUGUGCUACCACCUUCUUCAUACACAAAAGGUUUCAGAAAUUCUGAAAGAAAUCCGGUACUUUAAUAUAUACGUUCAAGAGGGCGACAACUCCGAAGACGCUGCGGCGGCCUGUACGCAAGUGCCACAGGUUAUUACAGGGUUCCCCAGCAUUACGACACUCCGGGCACCAGUCUCGUGGAAAGGAGUCUACGGAACCCGGGACGCGCCUGGCACCUUUGAGGAGGGCCUCUACAUCUGA